AACACAGUACACACACAUACACACUCACAGGAAAUACAGUGUUCCUGAUGGAUGAGGGAGGCAGGGAGACACAUAAACAAUGCUUUAAAUCACGCCUACAAUUUGAGAAGAUAUGAAUUAUCCGUAACAAGGGGACCAUGAAAGCGUGUGACGUCCUUCCCUCAUCAGUCAACGUCACUCUCCAUUGCGAAAACCCCUCCUCCAGCUGAAACAAAGGGAUCAUCCCUUGACCUCACCUGUACGUUCUGGCCUAUCAAGGACCUGGCAGCGGCACGGCGGCUCCGCCCACUACACCCUCUAAAUGAGGGACAAGGCAACUCAGACCCCUAGGGCCUGGGUAGAUGAGCGGAGGAGAGGCUCUCAUAAGCGAUCGGCUUCAUGCGGCAGCACUGACCAGCUUAAAGAGAUUGCCAAAUUACGGCAGCAGCUCCAGCGCAGCAAACGCAGCAGCCGCCAUCGCCGUGACAAAGACCGCAAGUCACCCUUUAAUGGCAACCAUGCCAUCAUCCAAUCUCAGUCUCAGAUGCCCAAAACCAUCCUGAUCCCAAUCCCCAUCUCCAAAUCCACACCUCCCAGAUUCCGAAACAGCAUAGAGGGUCUCAACCAGGAGAUUGAACGCAUCAUCAUACGGGACACUGUGGAACGGGAUGAGAUCAUAAUACCACAGGAUGUUCCAGAUGGGCACCGCGCCCCCCCUCCCCUCCCCCAGCGGAGCAGCAGCACCCGCAGCAUCGACACGCAGACGCCCUCGAAUGGUGGGCUCGGCAGUAACCGUAGCAACAACAGCAGCCGGGCUGACUCCGUCUCACCAUCGUACCUCAGCAUCCUCAAUGACACGGUGGGAAACAGUCCGCUCCCAAACGAUGACACACUCAAUGAGAGCAGAGAAAGAGACUUCGGACCUUGGUCUCCUCUCCCCAAAUACGCUUCAUCUCCAAAGCCCAAUAACAGUUACAUGUUCAAACGGGAGCCUCCUGAGGGUUGCGAGAGGAUUAAAGCCUUUGAGGAAAACCAGCCAAGACCUCUUCACGAGAUUCCUCAAUAUCUCUGCCCAGACAGGAACAAGGUGAACUUCAUUCCCAAAAGCGGCUCCGCAUUCUGCCUGGUGAGCAUCUUAAAGCCCCUGAUGCCCACCCAGGAGAUGAACUUCCGUAGCGGAGUGGGAUAUCGUAGCAUCUCCCCCUCAUUGGUGCCUCUAGGUGGGGUCGGGGUCAGGAGUCUGUCCCCCUCCAUGGGCACCGUCCUGUCCCGUGGACGGCAGUCGCCGUGUCUCCCCCGACACCUUGAGGAGCCAGAGGGUUAAAGCCCUGAAAUCCCAGAUGGUGAACAGAAAGGACUUAUUUCCCACUCCUGUCUUGUUGAUUUCAUUUUAAAAAAUGCAGUGAUCCAAACAACUCAGAGAGAUGUCGAUCUAAAACUUGAACAAGAAGCGCAUUUGGUAACAAGGGUGAUUACGUCUUCUAGGAGGGAUGUGAUUAAGGAUGUUGUAUAAUGUAUAUUGCCAAAAAAUCUUCGCAUUGCACUGCUUUUUACUUUCUCAGCAGUUAAUAACAUUUUACCAUGAAGCCUUUUGGAUUUACUUAUGUACAUAUGCAUUGUUUACCUACAUGCGAUUUGAUUUAGUUGUGAAAUGAAGGAUAUAGAUUGCAGUUUUUGCUUGCUUAUGGUUAACAUUCAGUUUGAAUGGUGCUGGAGGUACAGAGAUGCUGUAGCAAAUUCGAGGAGGACUAACAAAUGUGCCUGAAUCCCACCAUCCCAUUUGCUUAAAGUCCUUUUUCAUCCAAGUCUAUGUUCGUCUCUUAAAUGUAUAGAACCCUCCCCCCAUAUACAUAAACCUGUAUAUGUGCUUACUGUGAUCUACUGGUGCAACAGGACAUUUUGAUGGUAGCCUACAUGAACAAACUGGACAUGCACUUAGACGUUAUUUUGGAAUUUUGCUGAAUACUAUGAUGCAGUAACACAAAAUCUUACAAUACGAUUGGUUCUAUUCAAGACUCAAUGCUGUUAUUUGAAUAGAAUGAGGUAAAGCUAAGUGUUGGUAAACAAAAUAUUUGUUUUAAAUGCUUAAAAAAAGCAAAACAAAAAGCGGAAAGAAAAACGGUGCUUAUUCGUGACUAUUUUACGAGGUAACUUAAUCUUACAAAAACAUAUGAUUAUUAUGAAAAAAUCAAUACUGGGGACCCUCCCCUAGCUCCACCCUUAAACCUAACGUCACGGUUGCGAAAGCAAAUCAUACUAAAGCGUACAAACGAGAUUUUACGAAUUUAGCAACCUCGUAAAAAAGUUACGUAUACCCGUGAGAUUGUAUUGCAACUACAUAAGAGAUAAGCAUGGCUUUGACCGAAAAUGUACGAAUUUCAACUGUAGCAUCUUUAUACUGUGAUAUAUUAGUCAUUCAGUUACGUCACCCAACUUUCUUCCUGUAAAAACACAUUUGAAACCAGGAAAACAAGGAAUCCAACGUAAAAUGUAGGCUAUGUUAUUGCCUUAAUACUGAAAAUGUGUAAAUUAGACCAUUUACAGAAAAUUGAAUAAAUUUGUUUUUAGUUGUUAGCCUACCAGUUUUA